AUGCCACCCGUCUCAUUGCUCAAAAUUCCCAUUCCAAGAAAAUUCAUAGUCCUUGGUCUUUCCAUAAUCUCAUUAUUCCUUUUCCUUCACACUUUCGUUCCUCGUUCAUUACCACCAGCCCUUACUCCUCAUAUACCUCAUCAUGAACCUGACGCGUCAUAUUUCUCCCCAUCUAAAUGGCUUCCACCCAUCUUCAAUCCAAACGCCCCUGAUCGACCGGUCGAAUUCGAUGAAGAUGGUCAAUGUCUUUUUCUCUCACCUUUCGACGCUCUGUCCAUAGCCGAAAAGAAAAGAGCCGAAUCUCUUAUUUUGGAAACGGUCUCUUCAGGUGUGGUACGUUCACGUCCACCGCCUAGUGGAACGGACUCCGAUCCGGAUUUCGAUGAUGAGUUCAGUGAAGCUAGUAAUGAUACCAGGAUCAUGCCUCAAGGAUUGACACAUCCUAUCAUUGGGUUAUUAAGGGAUGGAGAAAGGAAAUGGAAGGAAAGAAUGGAAAGACAAAGUAAAACUUUGGAACAGGCUGUUCAAGUUUAUAUUGAUAAAUGGGGAAGACAACCUCCUAAGGGGUUUGAUCAUUGGUGGACAUUUGCUCAAAAUAAAAACGUACUCCUUCCAGAUGAAUACGAUGCAAUCAUGAACUCUCUUCUCCCCUUCUACGCUCUUCCUAUCGAAACGAUGCAACAACGUCACGUCGAGGUUGAAUCGAUCCAAGAAACUUUCACUCUCAUCGUGCAUGAAAACAAGGUCGAGUUGCAAUGGAACGACGAUUAUUCGAGGGAUACAUGGUGGGCAAGCAGACCCAGGGCGGAUAGUCAAAUCAACUUGAUGGAAGAGUUUAUCAACUUUUUACCCGAUUUGAGAGCAACCUUCACUAUACACGAUCAACCUUCCAUUCUUCUCGAUUAUAGUCGUCGAAUGGAAUUGAUCACUGCCGCUCGUGAAAACAGAGUCUCCACACAUCCCAAUGAGGAAGAUCGUUUCCAACAGGACUGGUACAAAGCUUGCGCACCUGAUAGUCCACUCAAUCAGGAUGUGAAAGAGUUACCAGCGGCAGAUACAUUUAUCAGUGCUCAUGGCGCUGCCAUGGACAUUUGCGAACAUCCUUCGUAUAUGGAAAACCACGGAAUGUUACUCGAGGAGAAAACUAUCGACACACAUCCUAAACCUCAUACCAAGCUGUUCCCACUUUUUGUCCCUUCCAAAACGACUUUGAACGGAGAUAUCCCUGUGACACCCAUUGGGAGGGAUGGACGUAGAGAUGAUGUUGGUCCUGAUCCUGCAUGGAAUAGAAAGUCGGGGAAAUUGUAUUGGCGCGGUCUUUCCACCGGACUCAACCACGAUAAAGGUGCCGGUCAUUUAUGGCGUCAAUCUCAUCGUGAACGAUUGCACUUUUUAGCUAAUGAUCGAACCGGUGCGAGAGAAGAGCUUCUUUCACCUAUAGGAUCUUCCGGUGAGGCGGAACUCACUCAAUUACCUUUGAAAGAAUUGGGAGAAUAUUAUAUGGAUGUUAAACUUGCCGGAGGACAUUGGCAAUGUAAUUGGGAAGAUGGAACUUGUGAUGAGAUGGAGAAGGAAAUUGAUUUUGCCGAGAAAGAUUCCGCUGAGAAGAGUAAUGGAUAUAAAUAUGUUUUUGAUACCGAUGGAAAUGCUUGGAGCUCUCGUUUUCCUAGACUCAUGGCCAGUCAUAAUGUUGUCAUCAAAGCUACGGUAUUCCCAGAAUGGAACACUCAAUCGUUACCUGAAUGGUACGCUUACGUCCCUUCGAAAAUGGAUUACUCAGAUUUGUUUUCGAUCAUGACUUUUUUCCGAGGUACACCAUCUGGAAAAGGAUCACAUGAUGAAGUAGCUAGAAGAAUAGCUCUCAAUGGUCAAUGUUGGGUAGAAAGAACAUGGAGAAGAGAAGAUUUAGAAGUAUACAUGUUCCGUCUUUAUCUUGAAUAUGCUAGACUCAUUUCUUCUGAUCGUGAUAAUGGUAAAAUGGAUUUCGUACUCCCUCUCAACCCUGAUGUACCUAUGCCGGAUGAACCGUAAUAUCAAAUUUGAGUUAUAUGACAUUUUAGGGAUCUAUCAGUUGGUCAAAGGGAUUUUUCUCAUGUAGAUCAUUUUCUUACAGUUUGAUAUGCAUUCAUCAAUGCAUUUGGAC